AUGGUUGUUGAUGAAAGUCCAUUGACAUUUCUAUUUCGUCCAGAUGAAUUAGAACUACUUAUUCGUGGUAGUCCAGUAUAUGAUUUUAAAGAAUUGGAACGAGUUACCAUGUAUGAAGAGUAUACAGCGGAUUCACCUGUGAUUAAAAAUUUUUGGUCUGUUGUCCACUCAAUGACUGAAGGACAACAGAAACAGUUAUUACAAUUCUCCACUGGUUCUGAUCGUGUCCCAGUUGGUGGAAUGUCUAAAAUGAAAUUCACUAUUGCCCGUCAAGGUGCUGAUACAAAUAGGUUACCAUCCGCUCAUACCUGUUUCAAUAUCCUUUUACUACCAGAAUAUCAGAGUCUAGAAAAGUUGAAGCAAUCUCUGCUACUUGCUAUUACCCAUUGCAAAGGAUUUGGAAUGUCAUAA